GUUUGAGGACCCCUGCCAUAGAGCAUUCAGAUGGAGAUAUCCGGAAGGUGAUCUCUUUUGAGAUCACCCAGGGAAAUUGAACAAGGAGAUGAGAGACCAAAAAAGAACCUUGGGAUAUGUGCAGAAGAUGUGGCCUGAAUUAAGAUGCAGAAGGAGGGCCAACGGUGUCCUGAAAGUGGAAGAAGGAAAGCAAUAAGAUGGUGUCACACAAGGCAAAGGAUACAAAGCCAGAGCCAGAAAUUGUCAAAGAACUAGAAGUCUCAGAACAAGAAAUCUUAGAACAAGAAGAGGCUGAGGAAAUUCCUGGCUUAAAUCCUCUUCUCCGACACAUUGUUACAGGAAAUGUACCUCGUCUGCAGAAGAUUUUUGAAGACCCAAAAGAGCCCCUUCACUUGGAUGCCAUGAAGCUACUCAUGAAAGAAGAUGUUCUUGGUAGGAACUUGUUGUAUACAGCAUGCAUGGCUGGGCAAAGCGAAGUGAUUAAAGCAUUGGCAAAAUACGGAGUGAACCUGAAUGCGAAAACAAGUAGAGGUUAUACACUUUUACACUGUGCUGCAGCCUGGGGCCGAUUGGAAACUUUGAAAGCACUGGUGGAGCUGGAAGUCGAUAUUGAUGUGGUAAACUUUCAUAAUGAAACAGCCAGAGAUGUGGCUAUUCGGUACUCUCAGACAGAGUGUGUUGGUUAUCUGGACUUUGCAGUUGCUCGCCUGUCUCUGAAAAGGUCCAUUACAAAGAUACAGACAAUCAUUGUAGAUCCAGAGAAGGCACCAGGAAAGAUGAGUAAGGAGGACAAGAUCUUGCUUACCAAUGUCUGCCGGAUCAAAACAGAGUGGAUUGAGCUGCAUCCAGAUGCAACUAUAGAAGAAGUUAUGGAACAAAAGCAGCAACUGGAAAAUGUAGUGAAUCCUGUUCUUUUGAAAAUGGCCUCUGCACAAAUAACAAGCAGAAGAUUCUCAGAAAAACCUGGAAAGACUUACAGGAACUGAUGCCAAGUGAAGUGAGAGGAUAAGGAGAACAUUGCACACAGUAAGAGCAAUACCGGACAAUGAAAAUUGUGAAGACUUAGCUGUUAUCAGCAUUACAAUGAUCCAAGACAGGUCCAAAGGACUGGUGAUGAAAAAUGUUAUCCAUCUCCAGAAAAGAACUGAUGAUGUA